AUGGAGCAGUCUGCAGAAAGGGGACCAUCAUUAGGCAUGGUCCGAAGGCUUGGAUUUCAGAUGUACACUUUGCCAGCGUACUGUAUUUCAUUUUCUACGCGCACCCACCUCCGCGAGCGCACGCACACGCGCGCGCGCGACCUCGCAGUUUCUCCUGCGCGCGUCCACCUCGUCACCCAGCGAUUUGGGAAGCUUGUAAAGAAGGAGAUGGAGAGAAAGCGCGUGUGCGCGCACCUUAACCUUGGAGACGAUAUCGUGAAAGUUGUAAUCGAUUGGAGCAAGCUUCAAAGCAUAUCAGCACUUCAGCCAACAUUGCUCUUUAGUGCACUUCAGCAGCAUAUUUUAUGUUUGCAGCCUCUUUUAGAAAAACUCCAGUCAUUGAUUAAAGAGGAAAAUAUAGGCCAUGUUGAACCUGCAGGUAAAACAGAAGGCCAAACUUGUGAAACAAGUUUAGAUGUUUAUGAUGGUAACUGUCAGACUGAAGAAAAAUAUGCAAGUUACGAAUUGGGAGAUCUGAAGGAUGCUCAUAUUAAUUUUGAUCCAGAGGUGGUCCAAAUAAAAGCUGGAAAAGCAGAAAUUGACAGGCGGAUAUCAGCCUUCAUCGAGAGGAAACAAGCUGAGAUCAAUGAAAAUAACGUCAGGGAAUUUUGCAAUGUUAUUGAUUGUAAUCAAGAAAAUAGCUGUGCCAGAACAGAUGCAAUUUUCACACCCUAUCCUGGAUUUAAAAGCCAUAUAAAGGUUUCUAGGGUAGUAAAUACAUAUGGACCUCAGACUAGAUCUGAAGGAGUACAUGGGUCCAGUCACAAAGCCAAUGUACCCAUUCAUGAUUGUGGAAACCAAGCUGUUGAGGAGAGAUUGCAAAACAUUGAAGCACACUUACGGUUACAAACAGGUGGUCCUGUACCAAGAGACAUUUAUCAGAGAAUUAAGAAGCUUGAAGAUAAAAUCCUUGAGCUGGAAGGACUGUCUCCUGAAUAUUUUCAAUCUGUAAGCUGUUCUGGCAAGAGGAGAAAGGUUCAACCUCCCCACCAGAACUACUCAUUGGCUGAACUUGAUGAAAAGAUCAAUGCUAUAAAACAGGCAUUACUGAGGAAAACAAAAGAAAGCAAGUCCAAGGAGGUUGAGCGGCUUCUUCGAUAAAAAAAA